AAAUGUAAAAGUUGUUUUAAGUUUUGUGAUUUUCCAUUUCAUAAUAAUUGCAGUGAUUUAUGGUACUUUAGGAAUUUCUAAAUGAGAUGUAGUAGAAUUGGUGGUUGAUAAUAAUUUGUUAUUAGUCUAUGUGGAAUAUAGAAGUUAUAAGUAACCAAGUUAUUUUUGGAACAAUGUUACAAAAGUUUCAUUCCUCUUUCUAUGGGUCAUGUUUGACAGUCAGCUGAUUUAUGUAUGAUUUAUGCCGCUCAUUCGGAAGGCAGGUUUCCUCAGAGAAGAAUGAGCAAGAAACUCUUAGGUUGCUCUUUUUCAAAACAGAUUUUACAAUUUCUUAUUUUUAUUGCAUUUUACAAAUCAUUUCAAUUACAAUAUAUGCAAAGUGACACAACAGAAAUACUCAAACGUCAAAAACUGAAAGGCUUACACAAUGUACUUCUGUAGGUGGGCAAGACGUAAACAUCUCAAGGAACAAGACUGAAAAUAAUUCUUUGUUAUAUAUUAUUAUGAAUGUUGGAAUGUGAAAUCAAGAAGUGUGGCUGUUCUACCAAAGUUUAAAAGAUGGCGUUGUUUACGAAACAGGAUUUCUCUCCGCCAGCCCUGUCAAGGAAGUGGCUGUCAAUCAAAUGUAGACCUAAUAUGCUGGUCUACAGUCAGGAAAACGUGGUAACAAUAUUGGAGAGUGGGCUUCUCUUCCGCGAGGACAGUGUUGAGGUGGAGCAGGAGACUUUGGGUUCUGAAGCCUGGAAGAUGCCUGGAUCUUUGGGUGGAUGGUUCACGUCUGGCGAGCGUAACGCUGCUGUCGUUGCUGUAGCGACAUGUUUUCUUCUGGCACCACCAAGGAACGUCAGCAGAUGGACUUUGGCACGUCUGGCGUCACUCAGCCUGAUCCCAGUGGCAAUCCGCGCGGCGCAUCGGUCGCGGUGUCGCGGCAACUUGCGACAAUUGGUCGCAGUGAUGCGCGACUAUAUGACGCUGGUGCGACGCGCGACGGCCUGUUGUCGGGAAUACGCCGCGAUACACACACACCUAGAAUCAGUUGCUUCAGUACUGGAGUCGACGCACACAAUGCUUUGCCGACAGCAGCAGGAUUUGCUGAUGCUGAUGUCCAGAGCGACGUCGGCGUUGUUGGGAAAUGUGCCCUGGAUCCGGGGAGACAUUGCCAUCGACUGUGAUAUGGAUUCGCUAUUGAAAAUCCACCACGCCUUUUUGGUAGUCCAGUCAUCCCUUCUAAAAUAUAUCGCUUUGGCUCACCAUAUACCAAGCAAAGCCCAGAAACUCUACAAGAACCAUAACGAAAGAAUAUUCUGGAUUCAUAACACUCUGAUACAGCACCUCAUUAUUGAAUUCAAAAGUAACCAGGAACCUUUAGAACGGAUGUAUAGAUUACUAAAAAACUACGCCACAAAGGAUAAUGGAGAUAUGAAAAGACCGGGUAAAUCCAUAAAAGACAAUUGGCUGUACUCCGAAAUUCAUACAGGAGUUGCUAGAACGUGCUUAGAACUCAAAUUAGCCUUGAACAAAUCUAACGGUCUCGAUGCAUUUCUAGAUUUAUGUGCUGUAAAUAAACAGGAGUUAGAACUAGAAGUAUUGAACAAAGAUAUUGAUGAAAUAAUUGAUUUUAUAACCAAAUCUUUGAGUACAAUGCAAUGCGCUCAAAUGCGAUUGAAAAAGUUGCAAAAUAAAUUUCAUCAAGAAGAACCAAAAGAUGCUAAAAUGGUCGAAGAGAUUGAGGAUUCUUCAGUUUUGAAAAUAGAACAAAGAGAACCAGAGACAAGAGAUGAGGUGUUUUAUUUAAUUAGAACCGAUGAUGAUGAUGCUGCACAACCAGUUGCUGAUGUAUUGACUGGGCCUGGCCAGAAUGAAAGGGAAACAACGAAAAUUGUUUUAAAUGAACUAAAACGGAAACUGGUGAAAAGAGAGGACCUGAUGCGGGAGAGAGAGAGGCAAGCUUUAGCGAAAACAAUGCCCGAGCUGAAAAACAUACCAGAGUUUCCGAGACAGAUUAGUCUGGCCGAAUAUGCUGAUAGAAAAGGUUUUUUAUCCAAAAUCAGGCCGGUUACAAAAAAGAAAAAACGGUUGAAGAAUAAUAAACCCUUUAAUAAGAAUAAAAGAUGUAAGUUAAACAUAUGUAAAUAUGACGAUGAAAAUAGUAUUAAAGACGAGAUUUAUGAAGCAAGUGCUAAUCGGAAUGUAAAAAGUAAACUUUUAACUGUAGUAAAAACUGAAAAUGGCUUUAUUGUAAAUAAAUGGGUAAAGAAUCCUAUGGUUAAGGAAAAUGUUAAUGGUAAAGAUGAUGACUUGGACUCAAGUGAGCUUUCUAGAGGGGGGAGUGACGUCGAAUCUGACGCGCAAAGUUUGAAUGUGAGAAAUCCUGAAAACAGCCAAAACGCACCUAGAAAUUAUAAAUUUAACAAAGGCGAUUUAAAUCUGUCGUCUUCGGAGAGCGAUUUCGACAUUCAAAACAACGAAUUACUCGAUGACGUGAGGCGGUACAGAGCUGUCAGAAAGAAGAACUUUCCCGCCAAACGGGCGUCCAUAGAUAAUGUCGAUGAAAGUUUGAGGCCCAUAGAGUAUAGAUUCGGAACGGGAAUGGCUAUGGCAUCAGUGUUGCAGCUUAACAGUAACGCUCGAAUAGAUCGUAUGGCGCCCGAAGAGGUUUUUAUUGGUGAUGGAGAGGUGUCUGAAGAUAGUGGUAAUGACGAGGAUGCGUAAAUUUCAAUAAUUUCCAAUUUUUUUAAACACGAUGUCGAAACAAAUUGUUAUUUUUUAAGAGAUAUUACUUUUUAUUGAAGUAGGCGUUACUUUGCGGAAAUCUAUAAUUAUACAAAUGAUUUAAUUUUUCUUUAGUGUUAAUUCCGCCAAUAUUUGUUUGCAAACAAUUCGACACGUGUUUCUUCUCUACACGAGGCAUCCUCAGGACGCCAAAUCUGGCACGAGACUGAAUUUUGGCGAGACAACACGUCUUGAGGAAGCCUCGUGUAGAGGCGAAACACGUGUCGAAUUGUUUAAAAACAAAUAUUGGCGGAAUUAACACUAAAGAAAACUUAAAUCAUUUGUAUAGUGAUAUUACUCAAUUUUGGGAUUAAUUAAAUUUAAUUUUAACCAAAAUUUAUGAACGAUGCGAAACUCGAACCCGCGACCUCUCGUGGGUAUUUUGGUGCAAACCAACUUUUCGACGUCGUUAAAUUGUAAAUAAAAUAUAACACAUUGUUUGGAUUUGAAAGAGCUACCUACAUCUCUAGUCAAAUUCCUCAUAUGAAAUUAUUGAGGUUGAGCAGGUUAUCAACUUUAAAGUAGAUCCUGUACAUGAAGCCACAACCUGUGAGUUGAACAAGACGUCUCUCGAACGGUUGGCUUAGUUGGUAAGAGCGCUUGGACGGAAACCGAGAGGCGGGGGUUUAAGUCCCGCAUCGCCCAUGAAUUUUUGUUGAAAUUAAUAUAUUUAAUUAAUUUCGUAAUUCUCAAUAAGUCUAAUCAGAAGCGAGUUAUAAUACUCUAAUGAAAAUAUUGAUUUUUUAUUUUUUUUGGGGUAAAUGGGCGAGAGAUUCACUUGAUUAGUAAUGGUGAAGCAAUCGUCCAUGGUCACCUGCAACACCAGGGGUUAAGAAAUGAGUUGCCGGCCUUAAAGUUGGGAGUAUGAUUUAAGUUUCAAGGCUCCUGUGUCACAGAACGAGUGAUAGAACAGUAACGUAACACAGCGGUCUCCUUGAAAUUAUAAUUUAUUUACAGUGCUCCCAAAUUAAUAAUGCACAUACAGAUCUUCGCUAAUGGGCGUAUUCCCGGAAACACCCGAAUUAUUCAAUCGUAAGAGCCCUAAACAAUGCACUUGCAUUUUGCACCUUCUGCGAAAGAAAUAGGAGUCAAAUCAUGUGUUCACAAUACGAAAACAAAUCGGGCGGUCGGCUGUGGUAGCCGGUCAGUCAGUCGUCUUUAAGUAUUGGUGCCGACUGCACGUGUUCAGUCUAUGUGGAAUUAUAUAGAGCUCCUAUUACACACCCCUCUUGUUAUUAUUAUUGUAAUAUAAUUCUACUAAAUUAUGCAAAAGUAAUGCAUUUUACCGCUCUAUAUAGAUAUCGUCUCCCGACGGUCGGGAAAUACGACCGUUGCCGAAAAGUGGCGAUGAUCUGUAUGCGAAUUAUUAAUUUGGGAGCACUGUAAUUAUAAUAACAUUGACACACUUACGCAAAUUAUCUUGCCCUAGACUAGGCAUAGCCUGUACUAUGGGUGCAAGACAACGAUAUACUUACUUAAACAUACAUAAAUACAUAUGAACAUCCAACAUCUAUAUUUAUUAUAUAAAUGAUUUCUCCUACCGGGUUUCGAACCUGGGGCCUCUAGCUUAGUAGUCAGGGUCACUAACCAAAAAAAAAAACUAAAACCAUAAUCAUAAAUUAAUACCUGCAUCUGGGCGAAACGCUAGAGUUGGUAUAUACAAAAAGAUUGACGACUGACAGCGACCAUUCGCGGUACAGCGUGACACUCAAUAGUUUUGUCUUCCCAAGAUUGCUUAGCGGCCUUGUAAAUCGUGUGUAUGUGUGCGUGCGUCGAUUCAGGCGAUCUAGUAUGAAGUUUAAGUUCUGUUUUAUUGCUGUAUUGUGCCUGAGUGGUAAUUGGAAAACUACAGCCGAUAAUUAUUGAUACAACAAUGUUCUUUUGAAGUUUACACCACAAUAAUAUUGUACGAGUACCUAAGAAUUUAAUUAAAAAUAUAAGUUACCGCCUAGCAAAACUCUAACGACCGUUCCCAAUAUUCAGUCUAUCUCUUACUUGAAAUAAAAUUCGUAACUAUCGUUGAAUUUUCUGUCCCAAUAAACUUAUCGACGGUAACUCACCUUAUCAGUACACGCUGUCUGUCAAUGGGAUGACGUAUAGCUUACCAGCGAUAGAAGUUUGUAUGGAAAUUGCAAUUCACGCGUCCCAAUAUAAGGCGAUAAGAAUGACUUAUCGGGUAUAUUGGGACAGCUUCAUAUUACUGACAGUAAAAGGUGGUAAUUUAUCUCUAUCUGUAUAUUUGGAACGGCCGUAAGAAAAAAUCCAAUCACUCGAUUGUAUGAAACGUGCAGUCAUUGAUAGAUUGACAGAUGACGGCUAUAAUCUUGUAAAAAACGGAGACAGCCGAAAUCCACUACGUUUUAAGCAACUGUUCGCUUUCAAACUUAGCCGGAUUAUACUUCGUCGCCAAUCGCCAUACUGUAAUCCUAUUAUUAAUUAAUAAUUAAUAUAUUAAUAUUUAAUAUACAUUGAAAUAAAAUUGGAGUGUCUGUUUGUAAUAUUGAAAUAACCGUUUUUUACUAAAUGUAUAUUAUGAAUACAUAUACGAACCGUAUAUGCACUAAAAUAACAUUUUUUACAAUUUUUGUCUGACUGUCUAUUUGUUCCGUCUAAUCCGGCGGCCUUUAUUGGCAGGUAGCUGAUGUAAUAAGGAGUAACUUAGGCUACGUUUAUUUUAGAAAAAUAAAGCAAUGUCCAAGAAACGGUCUAACUCUAAAAAUAAUAUAAAUGUUUGCCGGGCCAGCUAGUUACUACUAUUUCAAACUUAUAUCAAAUGACUGCACGUUUCAUACUAAACUAAAUUUCAAUUUUUACUUAGGCAGUCAGGCUCUUAUUACGUAGUAUUUACAUCCUCUUUGAUAAGUUCUUGUAUUUUAGCGCCUCAGUAUGGCAGUGAGUCCAGUUUUCAUUUAUGUUAAUCGUAUUGUUGAAUGUAUAAUUUUAAAUUAUUAAUAUUAAUAUUAAUCGUGUUAUAUGUUAAUUUAUGUAAUGGUUAUUUCAUUUAUUAAUAAGUUUGAAGUCAUUAUGCAAUAAAGAAUUUUUAAA